GGAGUCCGAAAGUAUUUGGAGACUUUGAAGCUUUGAGUCUUUAGCCUUCUUGAGUGCUUCAGUCAUCGUACCAGAUAUAUAUUAAUCUUUUUAUUCUAAGAAUACUUGCUUUGCCAGAAUACUUGCUUUGCCCUUCUUUACUAAUAACGGGAUAAAAAAGAUUGGUUGAUUUUUAAACCUAAGUAAACUUGAGCAACUGCUUUUCUUGCAGACCACUCUUUUUGUAAGAAUUUAAUGCGUUUGAGCAUGGAUGCUGGAUGUAGAACGAAAUAGCUUUUUCCUUUUUCCAUAUAUAAAAAUAUAUUUUCUAAACCAUAAUAAAUUGGUUUUAAGAAAGUGUUUACAUGUUGACCAAAAAAUGAGAAAGUGUUUAAAACAAUUCUGUAAAAAAGUAAGUUAGAAUAUAACAUUCACCACACACAUCAACGCAAUUUACUUGCAGUUUCUUCAUCAAAAGAUUUCAACUUUUUAUUGUCUUAUAUUUCAAUAUAUAGAGGAAAUAUUACUAACGGAAGUCAUGCUUUUAACCACGAGAAUGGUUGAUGAGAACCUUUUCGAAGAUACUCAGGUGUUCUUGUUUAUAUAUUUAACAUUUGGGUAGUAGUACAAGUGGACAAAUUCCAAAUCUUGAGAAGAUCUCAUCGAUGAAUAUUAGCGACGACAUAUGCGCCUUAACGCAUCUUCUGCUCCUUUGUUUUGGACAUUGUUUAACUUCUCUUAUUCCUCCACUCACUAUGUUUUUAAUUGUAUGUAUCCAUAUUAUUAUUAUUGUUUGUCAUCUAUUUUUUUUUCUUAAAUCUAUUAUUGUCAUAAGCUAUAGUAGUAACAAAAUAUUAAGAUAUGGACUGUAUCCUUCUCCAACUUUUUCAUAUAAUAUCUUCCUUGUAGUAUUCUUUCUAAGGUUUGUAAUAAAACAUUCUUUUUGGAUGAUACUCAUCCUCCUUUCAACUUCACUUGCCCACUCAACAACUUGUCCUCUUGGAAUAUUAUUUUGGGCUCUUUCAUUUUGAUCCGUACCGUCAUUUUUACGCUUCAUUGCUUGAGGUAAGCAAGCACUCAUAUUAGUUACUCUUCCAUUAUGAACGCCGGCUAACAAUUUCUGCUUUUAAAAGAAAAUGCUUGAAUUCAGCUCUUUUCUAUGCAUUGUUUGGUCUGGUCUUUAAUUGUGUAGGCAACUUUGUGCUCAAAAUCUGUUGAGAGUAUGACUCCUCUGAUAUGAUUUGGUCAUGUUAUGGUAGAUCAAGUCUUAUAUGAGCGGGCUUUGAUGACCAUGAUUUUGUGGACUUAAGAACUUAAAUGUGGUUGAGCUGGUUAGUCUGCACAUGUUUUAGCUCACCAUAAUCUAAGUUAGUUCUAUCUCAAAUUUCAUUGAUCAACUACCCCAUUUCUUGUUUUAGUCAAUUUUUGCUAAGAAAAAUGUAUGUAAAAAUCUUUCUCUUAUAAAAGAUAAACUGUUCAUUUAGUUAAUGAUAUUUACAGUUUAGGAAGAAAAAAAAUUGUCGUAGUCUAAUUAAGUGUGGAGGGUGCUGACAAAUUCUCUUACUUCUUUAUUUGAUUAUAUUAUGAUCUUACCAGCUGAUCCCUUUUGAAAUGGGCUACAUUUGACGUUCGAAGAUGCUUCAUUGUAAGACCUCCAUCUAACAUUUCUUUGGUUCUGAGAUGAUUUUUGUAUUUUUACUCCAUCUUGGGUUAAAUAUAGAGAAAUCUCAUGGUGGCAUUAUAAUAUAUGAAGGCACAAAAUUAAGUGCAAACGGAAUUUCUAUUAGUUUAUUAUACCACAUAUGUUCCUGAAUCCAAAUAUUUUGAUGUCAUCAUAUCAUCUUAAAAAUCAGAACCUUAACUUUGGUCUCAGAUAAAAACGCAAUUAUAAAAUCAUUCAAUUUGCCAGCAUGUAACUGUCCGGAGAGGACUAGUUUGGCUGCAAUAUUGUUAGUAAACUAAAAGCCAUCAAUAUUAUAAAUUUAUAAUACAUUAAAAUCAAGAUAAACGAAAUUUCAAGUUGUUUUGUAGCGGAAUCUUACGAUUUUUGAGAUUAGCAUUGGUGAAAUAAAGUUCUUGAACUGAUUACAGUGUGAAAAGUAUGAUAGUAUGACUGCAUUAUUCGUAAAAAAAAACAAUCUUUGUUUUUUGAUAAACCUAAAAAAACCAAUCUUAUUCAGUUAGAUUAGCCGAUUAGUAUACUUGUCAAAUAACUUUUCUUAUUACUUUUCUUUACAUAUAUAAUUCAAAUACGUGUGGGAUGAGAUGACAUAAGUGUUACAAGAGAGAAACAUGAGAUCGUCUAAGGGUUCGAGAAAACCUAACAUUAUCUGGAAGAAAAAUCUCAUCUCAUAUAUAGCGAUGAGGUCAGUAUCAAGCAUGGGCUCAAUCCAACUUCUGAAGAUGGCUAAAGAAAAAUCGAUGAAUUUUUGUCAAAAUCUGCCAACGUCAUUGCAUUUAGGAAAAUUUAUAGGAUCAUCCAACUUUCAAUUCAUGGCAUUAUCACUACGUGCUUAACUUAUUCAGAAUCUAAUACUAUAUUGGGCUUGAGGUCCAUUCAUUAUCAAGUUGGACACUGUUAAAUAAGCCCAUUAGUCUAUCUCUUCCGUUCCUUUUACUAACAGCAGUGUCUACCUCUUCCUUCUCUGUGCUUAUUGUAUACUUUUUCUUUUGAAAAGAGCAAAUUGUAUACUAGUUUACGUUGUAAUUUUUUCUUAUACGUACCUAAUGCAUGGUAACAGACUAAUAGUCAUUACGAUUUACAAAUAAAAUAUAAAUGCUUAAAACUGUUCUAGAAAAGACGCUUGCGCGUUAAAAUGUACUUUCAUAUAACCUAUCUAUAGACAAUUGACCAGAAAAAAAAAACAAAAAUCUAACCUAUAAAGCUAUACGACCAACUCUUACUGUGUGCCAUACCUAAACCAAAACCUACAAAAUAACCGAACUUAAUUAUCAUACGAGCGAAAAAACAUCCCAAAAGUUAAGUCGAUAUAAUAUUAUCUAAAGCAAUUGGAAAUGAAUUAAACCAUCUUUUGUUGUGAGGCUGAGAGUAGUUGUCGCUUGUCAAUGAGUAGGUGGAGCCGAUCAUAUUAUACGCUUUGGGAGAACAAUAUAUAUAGUUAUACCAAAUAGUUGACUAGACCUAAAAUUUCCAUAACUAGCUUAGCGUUCUUCUGUUUUAUUCGUCGAAAUUAAUAAACAGGAUCUUUGAUUCUUUGCUACAAAGGUAUAUUAAUAAACUGGAUAAUAACCCUUCUCUACCAUAUUAACUAUUUUGUGAUUCGUAAAAUCCAGAUAAUAUAUAUUUUCUUAAAAACUAAUUCAGACUUUAGGUUAGAGACUUAGCCUAAGCUCACAAGAUGUUACAUCAGAAAACGAAUUCUUCUUCUUGAUUUGGCCAAUAAGAACCAUGUAAUGCAUUCACACCGAGAUAUUGUUGUGUCUAUAUUACGACACACCUUAUCAAAUUUAAAACAAUAAACACCCAUCAUUUUUUGGAAAACUUUUAAAAGAAAGACACCAUCAUUAUAAGCUCAUGAUAUCUACUACCAACUACUGACAAUAUUUUACACUAUGGGCAAAUCAUCUAUCAUCAACCCAAGUAACUCUAUAUAUAAACCGAAGAUAACAGUCUUUGACAUUUCAGUACUUGAAUCAUUUUUCUACAUUAUUAUUAUAAUUUAUUCAGCUUUAGGUUACUAACUUUUUUUUGUAAAAAUUUAGGUUACUAACUUCCUAUACUAGUAUAAGGAGAUUAUCAUAAAUUAACAUGCUAUUAUUCAUCACCUACAACUUCAUUUAGAAAAAAAAUAUCUCAAAUUACACUUUGGCAUUUAGCAGGUGGAGGAAGAAUAAAAGGUAGACCAGUCAACGGAAUGCGACGAACAAAGUCACAAUAAUUUGCGUUUCGAAGGUUGUGGCCAUAAGAAAGUAUUCUAUCUCACUAAUCGAACGUGAUGGGAUUAUCCACACUCUUCUAUGUUUUCAAUUUUUUAAUCUCUUCGUAAGGGCAUAAUUGAUGGUCUAAGGCGUAAUUGAUCACACUAUCUUUUUAAAAAAAGAAACACACUAAAUUUUCAUAAAUUUCGAUUGACUUCAAACUUGUAAGUGUAAUUUUGGUCGCAAAUUAAAAGUACACCAAAAAAUAUUUCGUAUUUUUUUCUUUGAAAGCAAAAUAUUAAAGCGACAUUAUUAGUACGUCUUGUUUGUAAUGAUAUUUUACAGUAUGUAUAGUUUAUUCACUGGUGACUAAAAAUAUCUAAAUGGUGUAGCUUUACUAAAUUAUGGGUGAUUUUCAAACAUCUUUUGGUGAUAGUGUAGAUCUUUUUUUUUUUGCAUGGAGCCACCCGGGGUCCCAAUACUGUAGUGAUAAUAUGUUUUGUUUUUUUUCCAUUUUGACAAGAUUGUAUGAUGCAAACAAAUACAAAAAUGUAUGAUGCGAUCCAAUAAACCCAAAAAAAAAGUGCCCAACUUGAACGUAAUACUUAUAUAUUGACAAUUAACAAUACUUAUCUAUUAAUUCGCAAUAAAAAGCAUUAACGCAAUUUGAAUAGGUAUUUUCCAAAAAAUAAAAAAAAAUUGAAUAGGUAAUGUUGAAAAAGAGUUUGUUUUAUGCGCAUAUUGACAUUUGACAAACAAAGGUGCAUUUGACAUCAUAGAUGACAUCAUAGAUUGAUAGUGUAUCCACCAUGAAAUAGUAAGGUAAAAGAUGACCAAGAUUUACUUAAAACACCAUUAGACACCAUUAAUAUAUCAAUAGCACUAGAAAUAAACCAAUAUUAGUUACAUCACUAUCAUCAAUCUCUAUCAGAAGUUUCCUAUUCUAUAGGGUAAAAAGAAAAAAAACAACAAAAAGUUAUGUAAAUCACUACAAAAUAUAUAAAAGUGUGUGUUGCAUGGGUUGACCUGACUAUUACGAGCACUAAGACCUCGUCCUUUCAAUUUAGUCUGCGCUUGACACGGCACUCUCACGAUGUUAAACAAUCUCCCCUUUUGGACCUAAACGCGGUCACGUAGAAUCAGUCACAGCCCAAUUAUUGUUUCUCCUAUUUUAAUUUGAAAGCUCAACGAUUUAAACUCUGCCGUCAUUCACCAGAAGCUGUCACUUUAACACUCGUAGUUUCUGUUUCUUUUCUCUCUUCUCUUCCCUAAGAGGCCACUCUCAUAUCAUUUUUUCAUUUUUCUCCAAAGAUUCAAAAUAUUUUUCAUCUUUAUAUGUUUAUCAAACUUUCAGAAUUGAGAAACUUCUUGUUUAGAUGGGAAUUAAUAUCACUCAGCGGAUAGAGAAGUUGCCUCAUUCCUACAAGAUGCACUCUUCCAUGUGCUUAGAGUUAAAGAACUUAGUUGAUAGGGUCAUGAGAAUCUUUCCUGAUAUAGAAGAUGCUAGACCAGGAUCCUCCACAGGGAUACAGACUCUAUGCUUGAUCAACAAAGCUUUGGAGAAAGCUAAGCUGCUUCUUCAAUACUGCAGUGAAUCCAGCAAACUCUACAUGGCAGUAACAGGAGAAGCUAUACUCUCAAGAGGUUGUAGAGCCAAAAAGUUAUUAGAGCAAAGCUUAAGUGACAUCAGAAGCAUGGUACCGACAGUUUUGGCUACCAAGAUAACUCAAGUAGUCCAAGACCUUAGGUCAACUGUGUUGGCUCUAGAAUCAUCUGAAGAAGAAGCUGGGAAAGCUGUUAGAGAACUGAUGCAAAGGAGCACAACCUCAUCUGUUUCUUCUGAUGAGGUUAGAGAUUUCCAUUAUGCAGCACUGAAGCUCCAUCUUUCAACACCUGAAGCCAUUGUGAUUGAGAGAAAAUCCCUGAAGUCUCUUUUUGCAAAACUAGGCGAGUGUGAAGUGAACAAGAGACAGAUUCUGAAGUACCUUCUCUGUCUUUUAAAGAAGCAUGAGAAGAUUAUCUGGAGAGAUCACAAAGAGAACUCCUUCACACAUCUUAAUGAUUCUGUGUGUGCUAGUGCUGCAGAAGCAGGAUGUUCUGAGGAGGAACAGAAUGGUACACUUCCUGAGCAUUUUAAGUGCCCUCUUUCUCUUACCGUCAUGCAUGAUCCUGUCAUCAUCUCCUCAGGCCACACCUUUGAGAGGAUGUGGGUUCAGAAAUGGUUUGAUGAAGGUAAUGAGUCUUGUCCUAAAACAAGAAGGACACUAGAUGACUUCACAAUGAAGCCUAACGUGGCCAUGAAGGAACAGAUAUCAAAGUGGUGCUCCAGGAACGGUCUUCAUGUUCAAGAUCCAACAACAAAGCAGACAAAGUCUUCACACAAUCUUGACUUCUCCAUUGCUAGCUUUGGAAGCUCUCUGUACAAUCUUGACUUCUCGAGUAGGGACUUCAGCUCUAGCUUCUCAACUGAUUCACCAUCAAAGGGUGGUUACUUCAUGCCAAUGCAGACGAUAGCUUCUGAGUCAGGAACUGAAGUCACAGACUCUAGUCAAAGCGAGGUGGAGAUAGAGCCUUUAAGUGAACUUACUAAGCUUCCAUGGGAGGCUCAGGUCAAGACCAUUCAAGAUGUAAGAAAACGUUUUGAGAACAACUCUAGAGCUUUUCAGUCUAUGUCACCGAGUAAGUUUCUUGAGCCACUUGUCACGUUCUUGAAGAAUGCUGCUGGCACCAAUGGAGACACGAUAAAGAGUGGGUUGGCUUUGUUGUUGACUUUCCUCAGUGGGAACAGAAGGGCUAUAGAGGCUUUGGAAGAAGACGUGUUUGAAACGUUAUCUGUUUUUCUAGGGUUUGAGUUAUUAGUAGCUGAAGAAGCUCUCAAUGUACUUGAGGUUCUCUCUAACCAGCCGCAUAGUCUCUCCAAGAUAACUCUUUCUUCCCUUAUGAAGAUGGUUGAGUCUGGACCAGAACAUCUCCAAGAACAAGCUAUGAUCACACUCAAGAACCUCUCCUCAAGCAAUGAGAUUUGUCUGGAAAUGGUAACUCUAGGUUUCGUCAAGAACCUCACAUUAUUCUUGCAACAAAGCGUCUUCAGCAAGCAAUCAAUCAUCAUUAUGAGGAACUUAUGCAACACUGAGAAAGGGCGGGUUUGUAUAACCGAGACACCUGGCGGUUUAGCUUCAAUAGCUGAGUUACUUGACUCAAAUGUGCCAGAGGAGCAAGAGAAUGCAAUCUCCAUCCUCUUACAGCUUUGUGUGGAGAAGAUAGAGUAUUGCAAUCUUGUGGUGAGGGAAGGAGUUGAUAUUUAUCCAUCUCUCUUCUUGAUAUCAAACAAUGGAACAAAGGAAGCCAAGGUGGGUGCAUCAGAGUUGCUUAGAGCUCUUGAAGAAGUAGAUUUCAACAGAGAAGAAGAAGAAGAAGAAGAAGAAGAAGAAGUAGCAGGAGAAACUGCUACAAAUACUUCACAGGUUGUUGCUCCAGUUAUGCAUCAUGAUCAGCCUAUAAUAACCACACCAUCUCCAAAGAAGUCUGGUCUAUUUGGACUCAGUUUCUCCAUUCUAAAGAAAAAGAAAAGAUAGAUAAAGAGCUUAAGCAUAGUUAGGCUGUUUUUUUUUAACUUAGUCUUGGAAACGUUACAAAUUUUUGUGUGGUUCUCUCUAUGUUGAUUUAGGUUUCUAUGUGUUGAUACCAAUCCAAAGAGCCUCCAUUAACGCGAGUUUAGUUGUAAUUUGAUAGGGGACGUAUUGUGAGUAAAUAUAGUAUGCAAUUUGUAAAUCUUUUUGUGACAAAAAUGGUCAAUUCUUUUAA